UCUCUCUCUCUCUCCCUUUUUUUUCCUCUUGAAAAUAAAAAAUGGUGAAAAUAUUGUUUGAUGAGUUUAUAUUUUUUCUAGUUAUUAUUUUAGCAGUAUUAAUUGGGUCAUCAAAAGCAAAUGGUUGUGAUUUAUUUGAAGGAAAUUGGAUUAUUGAUAAUUCAUAUCCAAUGUAUGAUUCAAAAGCUUGUCCAUUCAUAAGAAGUGAAUUUGAUUGCAUCAAAUUUGGAAGAACAAAUCUUGAUUAUCUCAAAUAUAGAUGGCAACCAAGUAAUGGUUGUGUCUUGCCCAGAUUUGAUGGCAAAGGAUUUUUGGAAAAAUUCAGAGGAAAGAAGAUAAUGUAUAUUGGGGAUUCUUUGAGUCUUAAUAUUUAUGAAUCCCUUUUGUGCUUGCUUCAUGAUGCUGUCCCACAAGCUAAAUAUAAUCAAGUAAUACUUAGAGAAAAUGUCACUGUUACAUUUCUGGAUUAUGAAGUUGAAAUAGUAUUAUUUCAUUCGAAUCUUUUAGUGGACAUUGAAGUUGAAAAAAUAGGACGUGUGUUGAAACUUGAUUCAAUUAAAGAUGGACAGAUUUGGAAGAAUUUUGACCUUUUGAUAUUCAAUACUUGGCUUUGGUAUACAAGAAGACCACCAGGACAACAGUGGGAUUUUGUUGAAUUUAAUGGCAAAAUAUUGAAAGAUAUGGAUCGGGUCGAAGCUUUCCGGGCUGGGCUAAAAACAUGGGCCAAAUGGGUUGAAACAGAUGUGGAUACAACAAAAACCAAAGUUUUCUUUCAAGGAGCAUCUCCGGCCCAUUACCAUGGAUCAGAAUGGGGUGAACCAACAGUGAACAAUUGUUUGAAUGAAACAACUCCAGUGAAUGGAUCAACAUACCCAAGUGGAUUACCAAUUCCAGUAAACAUAGUGAAACAAGAAUUACAAAACAUGUCAAAGCAAAUAGUAAAUUUACUUGACAUAACAAAAUUAUCACAACUAAGAAAAGAUGGACAUCCAAGUAAAUACAAUGGCAACCAUGGCAUGGAUUGUACACAUUGGUGCAUUGGUGGAGUUCCUGAUACUUGGAAUCAAAUUCUUUAUGCUUCUCUAAUUUAAAAUGUUACUAUCAUUUUGUUAACAUAUAGUGGAAUAAUUAUAUGCAAUUAUUCUUAACUUAAGUAUGAUGAUUAUGUGUUUGGGUGCUAGAGGUACACAUUCCUCUUUUUCGUGUUAAAUGAUAAACGAAAAAUAGUUAUACGUAUUUAUUUGUGUCAA